GCCAAAAAAAAGAGAGAUUUGCACAAGACGCUAACCCUCAUCGGAGAAGUAAGGGACUCCAAUCAAAGAUUCCAAGGAGCCAGUCUCGCUGUGAGAUGGCCAUGGCUACAGUUCCCUCAUCCAACCUCUCUACGGAAAACACAUCACUGCAGGACUUUUGGACAGAUCCGUCCUGCAGUAGCAUGUCCCCUCCUCAGCACCAGAGCACACUCAUUCCUGCCAUCUACAGCGUCAUCUUCAUACUGGGCUUCAUAGGCAACGGGCUUGUGGUGUUCGUGCUGAGCCAGAAGUCUAGCCACAGGACAGUCGCUAACACCUACCUGCUCAAUCUGGCCCUGUCUGACCUGCUCUUCCUCUGCAGCCUCCCCUUCUGGGCUGUCUACUACUCCCUGGACUAUGACUGGGUGUUUGGCACACUCAUGUGCAAGGUGUGCGGGUGGCUGUUGUCACUGAACGUGUACGCCAGCAUCUUCUUCAUCACCUGCAUGAGCGUGGACCGCUGCCUGGCCAUCGUCUACCCCUUCCAGUCACAGAGCUGCCGGAACCUCUGCCGGGCGCGGCUGGUCAGCUGCCUGGUGUGGGCGGCGGCCACCCUCCCCACCAUCCCCACUGUGGUGUUCAGAGACACCCACCCCCUGGAGCAGAUGGGGGUGACGGCCUGCGUCAUGCACUACCCCAGUGCGGGGUGGUUCGCCGGGAUGGCCCUGCUGAAGAACCUCCUGGGCUUCCUGGUGCCCUUCGCCGUCAUCACCUGCUGCUACUGCAACAUCGGCUGGCACCUGAUGGCCGCCCCCACCCUGGACGAAGGCGCCGGUAACCUGGACAGGGUCCUGAGGAUGGUGGCGGCGGUGGUGCUGGCCUUCUUCGUCUGCUGGUUCCCCUUCCACGUGCUUACUUUCCUAGAUGCGCUGGGCACCCUCGGGGUGGUGAGGGUCUGCUGGGUGAAGCAGGUGGUGAGCACAGCCCUCCCCUUCACCCUCUGCCUGGGCUUCUCCAACAGCGCCGUCAACCCCUUUGUCUACUGCUUCGUGGGCAACCACUUCCGGGAGCAGCUGACCAGGCUCCUGGAGGCCCACGCCCCAGGCCUCUCCCACAAGACGGGAUCCAUCAGCUCCCGGCUCAGCUCCUUUUCCAGGAAGCUAAGCGACCUGAAGGACCUUGGGCAACAGGAGACCGUGGGCCAACACAAGGAACCCUAGGUGGGGUUUUGGGGGGGGGGGUAUGAAAGCCUCAAAGUGGCAGGCUGGCUCACCACCAUUCAAUGUUGACACCUUUCAGGCUAUCUGGUGAGACUAAAAGAGAACUGAAAGCAGGAAGAACAUGUUUUUAGUUUUUUCAUGCAUUGACAGUCAAGUAUACAAAUGAACAAAGGAAACCAGCCUUCUUCAGGGAUCACUACACAAGAGCGUUUCCACCUCUGACAGGAUCGAUCAUCACUGACGUCUGCCAAAGUUUGCUUGCUUGCUUGAAAGAUUUUUUGUAUAUGAUAUUUGUUUUAUCACUGUUCGUUGAUGUUAAAUAAA